UGGAUCGCUUCAAUAUUGUAAGACAUCCUAACACACUCUGGAUUCAAUUUGAAUGUGAAUACAUUGUUCCGAAUGAAGGCUUUGUUUUGGCAGUUUGUGGCUCUAUCCCCGAACUUGGGAACUGGAAUGCCAGCGCUGCACUCAUUGCAGCUCAGCAUUUUAAGGACUCUGGAAAAUGGGUCGCUGGGAUCCACCUACCGGCAAACUCUACAUUCGCUUGGAAGUGGGUGGUUAUCCAGCGGCCAAACCUUACUCCUUACCGGUGGGAGGAAACUCAAAACAGGGUUGCCGUCCUUGGGGAACAUUACGGUACAUUUUUGGCACCAUGAUACACGAAAAUGGCCUUUGAUGUGGUUCCAUUCACAAGACCAAGAGAUGAUGAUAGUUUUUGGACAGACGAUGACGCAAAACAACUCAAGACACUGCAGAACUUAAUAGCACAGCAGACAAAAUAUGAAAAUGCUAGUCCAGAUGAACCAAAAGUACAACCCCCAAAUCAACCAGCAACACUUCUCGGUAGAGGAAUUCUAGAUAUAAUCUUAAGGCUUCCUCGUUGCGUGGGAUCCAU